CUUCACUUUUAAUUUUUCUCUUCAACAAAUUAUUAUAAAUCCCGAUCAAUCUUUUGUCACCUGUUUUUCAUGCUGAUUUAUGAAUCAUCAUUCAUCUUUUUAUAGCUCUCUGCUGUGUUCAUCAUAUGUAAGAAUUUUUUUUACAAAUUUCUGCAAAUUUUCAGACUGUGGUGCAGAAAGUUUAGUGUCUCAGAUCCCAAAAUACACAUACUUUUUCUUUUCUUCGUAACAAGAAACCACUGUUCUUUCUCUCUCACACUGUAUCACUGUCUUUUUUUUUCUUCUUUUUUAAGUGGUCCUCAUCAAUUGCUUUAAUUCUUUAUAAAUUUUAGAGAGUAAACCAAGAACACUAUAUUGAUUGAGUUUGUAAAAUACAAAAUUAUAUUCUAAUACUUUGGUGUGAUAGUAAUGCAAGAACCGAACGCGGGCAUGAUGGGCGGUGGAGGAGAUAUGACCGGAGGUCAUGAUCAGAGCCGCCAGUUAAAGGCGGAGCUAGCUAAUCAUCCGUUAUAUGAACAGUUAUUAGCAGCUCACGUGUCGUGUCUUCGUGUUGCUACACCGAUUGAUCAGUUGCCUCUGAUUGAUGCUCAGUUGUCUCACUCUCAUCAUCUUCUUAGGGCUUAUGCUUCUCAGCAAUAUUCUCAUUCUCUCAAUCCCCAUGAAAGGCAAGAACUUGAUAAUUUCUUGGCACAGUAUUUGAUAGUAUUGUGUAGCUUCAAAGACCAGCUGCAACAGCAUGUCAGAGUCCACGCCGUCGAAGCAGUCAUGGGUUGCCGGGAAAUUGAAAACACUUUACAAGCUUUAACUGGAGUGACUCUGGGUGAAGGCACAGGUGCAACCAUGUCGGAUGAUGAGGAUGACCUGCCAAUGGAUUUUUCAUUAGAUCAACCAGCUGGUGAUGGGCACGACCUCAUGGGAUUUGGUCCUCUGCUUCCAACAGAAUCUGAACGGUCCUUGAUGGAGAGAGUUCGACAGGAGUUGAAGAUUGAACUCAAGCAGGGAUUUAAAUCGAGAAUUGAAGAUGUGAGGGAGGAAAUAUUAAGAAAAAGAAGAGCCGGAAAACUUCCCGGUGACACAACCACAGUCCUCAAAAAUUGGUGGCAGCAACACUCUAAGUGGCCUUACCCUACAGAAGAUGACAAGGCAAAACUGGUGGAGGAAACAGGAUUGCAGCUGAAGCAAAUCAACAACUGGUUUAUCAAUCAAAGGAAGAGAAACUGGCACAGCAAUUCUCAAUCUGUGACAUCUUUGAAAUCCAAGCGCAAAAGGUAGACAAAAUAAAUGUCUGUGAUUUUGAUUGGUGUUUGGGGUAAAUACUACUUCUGCUAACAGCCACAUUUGUAAUCAAUGCCAAUGCAACUCUACAAUUAAGCUCACUUACACCUAAGCUUGUAAAUUCAUAUCCCUUAACAGGGUCAAAAAGAUACUUGUCUUUCACUUUUACUUUUAUUUCACAUAGUAUUUAGUUGUU